AUGUCAUCGUCAACAGUGGAUGCAAGUCUCGUUUCAUCAUUAAACAAUAUUUCUUUUCAAUUAAACCGUUAUUUGGCAUUUCCUAUUUUUCUUUUUGGAAUUAUUGGUAAUAUUCUAAAUGUACUCGUUCUCUCACAACGUCCACUUCGUUCAAAUCCUUGUUCAUUUUUAUUUCUUACUUCAUCGAUUUUUUAUUUUAUGAGUUUAUGUGCUGGCGUAUUUCCUCGAUUUUUAGCAACUUGGAAUGCAGAUUUGGGAAAUACAAAUCAAUUUAUUUGCAAACUUCGUAUUUAUAUUUAUUUCAAUACAUUAACUAUCGCCUUUUGGCUUAUUGCAUUAGCAACUCUUGAUCGAUGGUGUUGUUCAAGUAUAAACGUUAAUUACCGACUUCGGAGUACAUUGAAAAAUGCACAACGUAGUAUCAUUCUUCUUGUGAUUAUUUCAAGCCUUUUACAGAUUCAACAAAUCUUCUGUUAUGAAGCCAAUCUUACAUAUACUCCAUUGAAAUGUUAUUCCAAAACAGUAACAUGUGGUAUUCUAUCAGAUUUAUCGUUUGCAUUAAUUACUGUUCUGAUUCCAUUAUUAUUGAUGUUUAUCUUUGGCCGAAUGAUUAUUUUGAAUGUACGCCGCUCACAAUCACGUUUAUACGUGGAAAGUAUAGGAAUUUCGAAUAGUGGUGGAAUUCUAAAUCCCGUAUUUGUCAAUGUUACACAAUUAAAUCGACAAAGAAAAACUGAUCGACGUCUAUUAUAUAUGCUUUUCGUUCAAGUUAUACUUAUUCUUGUACUUACAUUACCAUUCGCUAUAUCAAAACUGUAUUCAACAUUAACAAGAGACAUAUUGAAAUCAACAUUACAAAUUACGGUUGAAAGUUUUAUUUUUAAUUUACUUCUUCUUUUUUUAAAUGUUGCUUCGGGAAUGCCAUUCUAUAUUUACACAUUAACUGGUGGAAAAGUGUUUCGAAAAGCAUUGUUAAACCUAUUUCAUAAAUAA